AUGCCACCAAAGCGCCGCGCCGCUCCAGCAAAGGCCCGCCCGGCACCAAAGCGCGCCUCGAAGCUUGCCAAAGAGAAUGGAUUGAACGCAGAUCAAGAGGCUGAGAUCCGCGAAGCCUUUGGACUCUUUGCUGUACACCAUCCCGAGCAUGAAGACUCAAAGGAAGGCCGUGAGGCGCCGAGUAGUGUACAGUACCUGACCAGCUAUAGCUCACUGAAUCUUGCGCCAGAGAAGUCUGAGAUACCUUCAAUUCUUGAAACCAUCGACCCACUCAACACUGGCUUUGUUGAGUUUGAACCGUUCUUCUCGUAUGCUGCCAUCGCCAUGCACACUAAAGAGGCUGGAUCAGACGAGGAUAUGGAAGACGACGAUGACGACUACCGGGCCGAAAGCAACGCAGAGGAAGUCAGUACAGGCUAUCAGCUCUUCACUCAUGGCGGUUCUGGGCCUAUUACACUGGGGCAUCUCCGGAGAGUAGCCAAAGAAUUGAGGGAGGAUGUGCCUGAUGAAGUCCUGAGGGAUAUGAUCCUUGAGGCGAAUGGUGGCGUGCGAGGCCAGGGCAAGGACGUUGGCGGAGUAACGUUGGAGGAGUUUGAGAGUGUGAUGAAGCGGGCUGGACUGUCCUUUGGAUGAUGGAGGGCUUUCGACUGCGACAACGCCUUGAUUCGCUUGGGUUUUCACCAUCGAACCUCCCACUCCCGCCCAAACACUUCUCACGGCGAAGUCUCGAUACCAAGAUGCAGGCUCAUUUUCCACACAGUGCUAAGGCAGGUACUCUUGUCAGGUCCAGCUCGAGCUUUCGGCAUCGUUCUCCUCUCAAAGUGUCUGAGACGUCACGAUUUGGGAGAACAGCAGAAGUUGGGCUGUUGAACCAACUGAGGCGUUGUGAGGAAUCUCAACCGAGCCACUAGUGAGUCUGAAAGAUGGGCCACAAGAGUCUCAAAGAAAAGCAGUUAUACGUAGAUAUAUUCAUGUGUAAUACGAGUGCAGCUCAAUCUAGUAACCUAAAAUACUCUGCACCAAUCACAGCCAUCAGACUGCGGACAUCAGCGCUGAAAGUUGUUUGCUUGGCAA